AUGCCUACAACAGCGAACCCUGGAUACAUCCCUUUUGCUGUCGGCAGCUCAGCGGGCUCUGAAGAUGUCCGGCUGCUUUCCAUGACCUCCUCAUCCCGAACGACCCAGACGCAGCGAUGGUGGCCGUCUAUAAGCGGUGGGUACAAGAAUGUUGAGUUGGAGGCGUUGGCUGAUCAGCUUAGCUACCCCUACGCCUUGGAGGCCACUGACGGGCCGCUCAUCGACGGACCGGUUCACGUUAACUUCGGGUGCCGAAUCACCCUUUCGAAGUUUGCAACCAUGCUCGGCAACUGCACAAUUAUCUACACACCACUUUCAGAUGUCGAGUUCAGUGUAUGUUCGUGGAUAAAUCCAGGCUUGACCAUUAUCGCGGCAGAGCGGUCCCAGAGUGUCAAGGAUAAGAAUGGCAAGCCAUCGACUGUUGGCCGCAAGGUGACAAUCGGUGCCUGCUCUUGGAUUGGGAAUGACGUCGUCAUACUGCCUGGGGUUGAGAUCGGCCAUCACUGCAAGGUUGCUCACGGGAGCGUGGUGACCGAGAGCGUGCCACCGUUUCACUGUGUGAAAGGAAAUCCAGCUGUGGUGGUAAAGGAGUUUGACAACAGAAUGCCACGCGGGGCAGAAGACGUUUACUUCUGCGAUUAA